AUGAGUGAAAGUAAGGUAGUUGAAGCAAAAACUCAAAAAAACCUUCAAGAUUUCGAUCCUAAGAAGAAACCUAAGCGAAACAAAUAUGCUUUUGCUUGUGCUAUGUUAGCUUCCAUGACUUCCAUUUUACUUGGAUACGAUAUUGGUGUUAUGAGUGGAGCAGCAAUCUACAUAAAAAGAGAUCUUAAAGUCUCGGACACUCAAAUUGAGGUUAUGAUGGGAAUCAUUAACAUCUACUCUCUCAUAGGUUCUUGUCUUGCCGGCAGAACCUCCGAUUGGAUCGGUCGCCGUUACACCAUUGUUUUUGCCGGUGCUAUCUUCUUCGUCGGAGCCUUACUCAUGGGUUUCUCACCAAACUACGCUUUCCUCAUGUUCGGCCGUUUCAUUGCCGGAAUCGGUAUUGGCUACGCCCUCAUGAUUGCCCCGGUUUACACCGCUGAAGUCUCCCCCGCUUCCUCUCGCGGUUUCCUCACUUCUUUUCCGGAGGUUUUCAUAAACAGUGGAAUAUUACUUGGAUACGUAUCAAACUAUGCAUUUUCAAAACUCCCACUUAAAAUUGGUUGGAGAAUGAUGCUUGGAGUAGGGGCAAUUCCUUCAGUAAUCCUGGCCGUCGGAGUGUUAGCCAUGCCAGAGUCACCGCGAUGGCUUGUAAUGCGAGGUCGUUUAGGAGACGCUAUAAAAGUCCUCAACAAAACAUCAGACUCCAAAGAAGAGGCCCAGCUCAGAUUAGCCGAGAUAAAACAAGCCGCCGGAAUACCGGAAGAUUGCAACGACGACGUUGUUGAGGUAAAAAACAAAAACACCGGUGAGGGUGUAUGGAAAGAGCUUUUCAUUUAUCCUACACCCGCAGUUCGUCAUAUUGUUAUAGCUGCAUUAGGGAUUCAUUUCUUCCAACAAGCAUCAGGUAUAGACGCGGUUGUUUUGUAUAGUCCUAAAAUCUUCGACAAAGCUGGGAUCAAAGACAAAUUCGGUCGUCGUCCGAUGUUGUUAACAAGUGUCGGAGGUAUGGUGGUCUCGCUUCUCACACUCGCUGUCAGCCUUACGAUUAUUGAUCAUUCAAAAACGAAACUAAUCUGGGCCAUUGGAUUGAGUAUAGCGACUGUUUUGUCUUAUGUUGCGACGUUUUCGAUUGGUGCGGGACCCAUCACGUGGGUGUAUAGUUCUGAGAUUUUUCCUUUGAGAUUGAGGGCACAAGGUGCUGCUGUGGGUGUUGUGGUGAAUAGGGUUACAAGUGGGGUUAUUUCAAUGACGUUUUUGUCCUUGCAAAAAGCGAUUACUAUUGGUGGAGCUUUUUUUCUGUUUGGAGGUAUUGCUACAAUUGCGUGGAUAUUCUUUUAUAUUAUGCUUCCCGAAACACAGGGGAAAACACUUGAAGAAAUGGGAGAGUCUUUUGGGAAAAUUUGGGCGAAACCGAAGAACGGUAAAGGAGUUGAUAAUGAUCGUGUAUCGCAAGUUCAGUUAGGGACUAAUGUUUCAACUUAA